AUGAUGAAAAUAGUGCUAAAGGUAGAACUCUAUGAUGAUAGAAUGAAGAAAAAAGCCAUGAAGACAGUAUCUGGUUUUUCAGGGGUUGAGUCUGUUUCAGUUGACAUGAAGGAUCAAAAACUAAUUUUAAUUGGAGACAUAGAUACGGUUAAUGUGGUUGAAAAGUUAAGGAAAUUAUGUCAUGCUGAAAUUGUUUCAGUUGGACCAGCGAAAGAAGAGAAGGAAGAAGAAAAAAAAGAAGCGGUAACGGAAGAAGUAAAGAAAAAGGAUCCAAAGGAAGAAUUGGCUGAACUUAUGAAAGCAUAUGAGUCAUAUUAUAAUCAAAUGAGACAGCCAACAUAUCCUUAUUACUAUUAUAGAACUGUGGAAGAAUCUCCUAGUGGCUGUGUUAUUUGUUGA